UUGAGUGUCGGUGCCGCAGCGGCCUCAGAUUGGAGAGUGGCCGGCGGGGACGUAGUGGUCCAGGCUGCGAGUUCACGUUAUCCAGUGCAUCGCAGCUGCGGGAGUCAUUGCUGUCACACCGCCGCCAUCUCCAGCAUCAUCAUGGCCAAGGAGGAGAACAAGAGUGCGGAGCAGCCCUCGUCUGAUUGGAAGCAGUUUAUCUAUAACCCGAGAAGUGGGGAGAUCCUGGGCCGCACAGCCAGCAGCUGGGCUCUGAUCCUGCUCUUUUACCUGGUCUUCUAUGGCUUCCUGGCCGGACUCUUUACCCUAACUAUGUGGGUAAUGCUGCAAACACUGGAUGACUCUGUACCCAAGUAUCGGGAUCGAGUUUCCUUCCCAGGUCUUAUGAUUUCUCCUAAAUCUGCUGGGUUGGAGAUUUCAUUCAGCAAGAGUGAUAAGUCUUCGUAUGAAGUCUAUACUAAAGUUCUCCACUCAUUUCUAGGACCAUACAAUGACUCCAUACAAGCUUCAAAUGUGCUCUGCACGCAAGGCCAUUACUACGAGCAAGAAGAAGUCAAGGAAAAGAAGUCUUGCCUGUUCAACAGGUCCUCACUGGGACCUUGUGCCGGACUUGAGGGGAAUGAGUAUUUCGGGUACAAUGAUGGGAGUCCAUGUGUAUUAGUCAAGAUGAACAGGAUUAUUGGACUGAAACCUGAUGGAAAUCCUCAUAUUAACUGUACUUCUAAGGCGGAGAACAUAACCCUGCAGUAUUACCCUGAGUAUGGGAAGAUCGACUUGAUGUACUAUCCAUACUAUGGCAAGAAAACUCACGUGAACUACGUGCAGCCCCUGGUCGCUGUGAAAAUCACACCUUCAAAUUCCACCGGUACGUCAGAAAUACUGCUCGAGUGCAAGCUUUAUGGAUCCCCAAACUUGAAGAAUAACGAUGACCGAGACAAGUUCCUUGGUCGUGUGAAUUUUAAAUUAGAGAUUAAAGAUUAAGAUAGGCAGAUGAACAAUGUCCAGUUGAAGACCUUUUUUUUUUUUUAAUUUGUUUUUCUUUUUUAAUAUUAUUAUUAUUAUAAUUUUUUUUAAUCAGCCAUACCUGCUUUUGUAGGACCUGAAACCAUCUGGGAAGAUAUUGUAAAUGGCACAUGAUUCAGGGUAGCAUAACAAUGUGCUUCCAACAUGAUGCUUUAACCUCUUCUGAGCUUAGAGAGGCGACUUAGAUUUUUACAAGCCCCUCGGGCCGUGAAGAGGUUAAAUUCGUCCGUGCACGCGUUUCUCUGCCCCAGUGCUGGGGGCCAGUUUACAGACCAUAAAAAGAACAAAUAAAUUAUCAUUUCAUAUUAGGGGACCUGUAAAUAGCUGAUUCCGAACAUAAUACUGGUGGUGUUCGUCCUAUUUUUGAUGUGAUUUUAUUCCCUCCCCGAAGCCCCUCUGUGAGUGUUACAAGCUUAAUGUGUUGUGCUAUGUAAAUAUUUAAUUGAGUUAACACUGGUUUAACGGUCAUAUCUCAAAAGCCUACACAGUUUUAGGGAACAAAAAUGACAAAUAAGUGAAUGGUACCUGACCAACAUGUACAAACGAAUAAAGAUGAAAUAGUGAAUAAAAAAAGGAAAGAUUUUAUAACCUCUGCAAGAAUUGUGUGUCUUGUGCAGAUGCCUUAAGUCCUGUAUGAAAAAAGCAAAAUAAAGUGGAUUUUAAAAGUGAA